GAUUUUUGUUUUAUUUUACGAGUAAUUAAUAAAACGAGAAACGGACGCUUUAUGAAACUUAUGAUGUUCCAAAAUCCAAACAACACUUCCUUUCAGAUCCGACAGAUAAACCACCAAACAAACACCAAAAUCUUUCAGUGACGAUGAUAAAAGUUACAGCAGCAGUAAAAUUUCCAAUAUUACUGUUAUGUGUGCGGAGCUUAGGGUUAUUGGUGGCCAUCCUAGUUCUUGUUUGGAACAUUCAUUACAGAGGUGGAUUAGCCCUUUUUUCUAGUAACAGAAUCCUUCUCUUCAAUGUUCAUCCUGUUGUUAUGGUAAUCGGCCUUCUUCUACUAAACGGUGAAGCUAUGUUGGCAUACAAGACAGUAUCCGGAACAAAAGCUUUUAAAAAGCUAGUCCAUCUUGUUCUGCAGUUUUUGGCAUUCAUGCUUGGAGUGUUUGGUUUGUGGGCUGCCUGGAAAUUUCACAAUGAUAGGGGGAUUGACAACUUCUACAGCCUGCACUCGUGGCUAGGCGUAGCUUGCUUGUUCUUGUUUGCCAUUCAGUGGAUGGCUGGAUUUACAACAUUUUGGUACCCCGGUGGUUCAACAAACAAACGAGCUUCCCUGAUGCCAUGGCAUGUUGUCUUAGGACUAUACAUAUACGCACUUUCUUUGGCUUCUUGCAUCACUGGUAUUUUAGAGAAAGCAACAUUUCUUCAAGUCCACCACUUAAUUUCUCACUAUUCCACAGAAGCGAUACUAGUGAAUAUUUUGGGCGUUUUGAUAGUUAUCCUGGGCUUUUUUGUUAUAUUCUGUGUUGUAUCACCGUCAAAUGGCCAAGGGGACGUUAAACAAGAAUCAAUAGAGCUUGUAGAAGAACAACCGAUGGUAUCUUCUCAUGAGAUUGGAACAUCUGACUGAAAUCAUAGAUUGAACUCACCAACAUGUAGCGAUUAAAUUGCAUGAUUUUGUUUAAAUUGUUAUGUAUGCGAAUACGGCACACAUAUGAUUGAGAACACGAAUGUAGUCCAUUGUUUGAUGGAUA